AUCCUACAGGCCAACACCAACCACUGCAGAGCGGCCCAGGACCUGCUGGUGCAGACCAUGACAGAUUGGUUGGUGGACGUAGCGGUAGUUGCCGAGCCCUACCGGAUUCCCGACCGUUGGCUGGGCGACAGGGAUGGCCUAGUCGCGAUUGCGGCACGGUCUUCCACAGACUCCCCUCCCCUCUCGCUUCUAGAGUUAGAGGUUAGGUCGGGAUACGUGGCCGCCGUGUGGGGGGACCUGGCCCUUGUGGGGGUCUACUUCUCCCCAAAUCGCCCUCUCCAGGCCUUCGAGGAUUUCCUCGAGGGACUUGCGGCCGUAGUCGGCAGGAUGGCGCCUCGACAGGUUUCCGUUCUGGGGGACUUGAACGCCAAGUCAGAGACGUGGGGCAACUCUGCCACCGAAUCGUGGGCGGGCGCUAGGUCAGGAGAGGCGUGGGCAGCCUCCUCUGGUCUCUCCCUCUUGAACAGGGGGAGUGUUCAAACAUGCGUGCGGCGGCAGGGUGGGUCCAUAGUGGACGUUACCUUUGCCUCCCCAGUGCUGGCCGCACGUGUGGAGAACUGGCGGCCAACCUGA